GAAGGUUUAUAUAUUCUGGUCUCAAGUUCAGCGUCCAUUUCAAGUUUGCUCGUCAAACUAGAUUUUGUCAUUUUGUCUUCCUCUGAGGGAUUAAAACUAGUGACAGCUAAUCAUGAACUUGUUUUUAUUCUUUCUCCUGGCUGUGCAAAUACACAGCGUGGCGCCUGUGAUUCAUUCGGUGAAGUAUUUCAGGACUACAUCCUCUCAAGUUCCAAACUUCCCAGAGUUUGUGGAGGUUGGUUAUGUUGAUGAAGUUCAGAUUUCUCACUAUGACAGCAACAGCAGGAAAUCAGAACCCAAACAGGCCUGGAUGAACAAAAUCACAGCAGAGGAUCCACGGUACUGGCAGACAGAGACAGAGAUCAAUGUUGGUAAUGAACAGAUAAGCAAAGUCAACAUUGAAAACAUGAAGAAGCGCUUCAACCAAACUGGAGGUGUUCACAUUUACCAGAGGAUGUCAGGCUGUGAAUGGAAUAAUGAGACUGAUGCGGUUGAUGGUUGGGAGCAGUACAGUUAUGAUGGGGAAGACUUAAUAUCAUUGGACAUGAAGACAUGGACUUGGACUGCAGCAAAACCACAAGCUGUUCCCACCAAACACAAGUGGGACCAUGACAAAACUUGGAUAGAACAUAAGAAGUAUUACUUCACUGAGCUUUGUCCUUCUUACUUGAAGAAGUACGUGAACAAUGGGGCGAACGUCCUAAUGAGAACAGAGCUUCCGGAGGUGUAUCUCCUCCAGAAGACGCCGUCCUCGCCGGUCAGCUGCUUCGCCACAGGUUUCUACCCCGACGGAGCGAUCAUGUUUUGGAGAAAAGACGGCGAGGAGCUCCACGAGGACGUCGAGCACGGAGAGCUCCUCCCCAACCACGAUGGAACCUUCCAGAUGGCGGUGGACCUGAAAGUGGAGGUGGCGGCCGAUGUGGAGGGCAAGUACGAAUGUGUGUUUCAGCUGGCUGGCGUCAAGGAGGACACGGUCACCAAGCUGGAGAGAAAACGCAUCCUGAGCAAUGCAAGCCUUGAAGACAACUCCAGCUUAGCCAUCACUGUCACGCUGGCGCUCCUCGCUGUGGCGGCCAUCCUGGCAGCCAUCAUCUUCCUCGUCUGGCGUUGUAAAGACAGACCAGCCAAAUACGAUCCAGCUUCUGGUGACGGUGAUUUCAAGCUCUCGGAGAACCUGAAGGCUGGAAUCUGAGUGAGACACAGCAGCGGGCACAAAGCGAGUUAGCUCACACGGACACCUCCAGAUGUUCUUGCGGCUUUGUGUGAAGAUGAUGUUCAUCUACCAUCUCCCCUUGGAUUCAUGUGCUUCUGUUGCUGCUGUCAUCUUCUUCCUCCAGGAUGGUUUGUGCACUGGAACGCAGAGCGAUGUCUCCAUCCCUGAGGGACGUCAUCACUGUUGAAUCACACAUUGAGAUGUCAUUUCCUCAUGUUAUAUACUGUCUUCUUUUGGUGUUUAUGGCUUAGAAAACACGUUCUAUCAAAUAUUUUUGCCGGAUUUGUGGAUGAUAUUUUGUCAGUCAAUCAGGUUGGUCUUUGUGUCCAUGUCUAUGGUCUAUGUCAUCAUUUGGGACUCGUGUCAUCACAUUCACAAGGAUUUCUUCUUUCUUUUUGAAACCGAUAGAUAGCUGCUUAUGGGUGAAUACCACAUUGUGUCACAUGUCUCCUGGCCUUUCAAUACGUUUUGUUCCAAGGUGUUUACGCUUCAAACUGAUUUUUGCGGGGUAACGAGAGGCACAGUUGAAGACAAAUACAUUUUCUUUGUUUAUUUGCAUUAUUGUGUACUUGUCAUGGAUUAACAAGCCUUUAAGGUAAAAGCCGUAGCAGGUGAUUGGAUUUGCAAUGCUACUUUUAAAUGACCGUAAGUCUCCAACUAUCAAAAUAAUUGCAGUGGUUUCUGAGACUAGAGAGACUGGUGAGGCAGGUUAGGGAAGAUGAGGCUUUGACAAAAGCAGAGUGGGGGUUUGUUUACAGAGCAGUGCAAGCCAGUGUGACGGAGAGGGACAGAAAAGAAGGCUUUCUAUGACAAAGUGCUGCAAAAGUUAUAUUUUAUCAGACUUUUGGGGUUUUUUUACCAUUAGGUUUUGGAUGUUGCUGUGUUGUCGUGUUUUUGCUCAAUGAAAAAUGCCGAGGAGGUGGUCUGGAAAGUAACCAAGGGAGAACGAUCACAUACUUUUGAUAUUCAAUGUUUAAUCAUUCUUGGUUUAUAUUACAAAUCCUUUGUUCAUAUACACUCUGGGUGUCUUAUCAGUAAAUACCUUUCAAAUUAAAUUCUGUUUUUGGGGAUGGUCUUUGUACACAUUAUAACAGUUUCAGCAUGCAGUCAUGCAAAAGAGAUCUUUUAAAGUAGCUCUGAAAAAAGGGACACACGCACAUACAGCAGAUUGUAGGACACUUUAACAGCUAAAAUAAGACUAAAAAUUCCAGGUGGACAGUUGCAGUUGCAGUAGUAGGUGUGGUGGAUGUGACCCGUGAGUUAAAAAGCUUGCUCUAGAAUGUUCUGCCACUUUUUAAACAGGUUGGUUUCUUUGCAAUAUUGACUGAUUUGAAGCUGCUGUAGCAAGACCAAACAGGAUGGGACGCAUGACGAUUCCAGAAGCUACCUGAUGAGUGUGCAUUAUCAGUGUCCCCCCACGUCUUGUUUUGUGCUACCAAGCAUACGUUACCUGGGACGCACGUUUUGACAAAGGGAAAAUGACUACAUUUUUAAAAAAGAGAAGCUUUGUGCACUCGGUAGCACUGCUAACGUGUACUGACCUCUAAUUCUCUGCUGGGUUACGUGAAUGUUAGUUGGAGUGAGACGUGGUUCAGGGCCGGAGUCAGCGGGCCACACUGGUCCCUGCUAGCUGUAGAAUAGCUAACAAGUGACACUUAAUUGGGGCUAAAAUGCAGAAGAAGCUGAUAAAAACGUGGCUUCCAGCGCCGUCACGUUCAACGGAAGACUCUGGUUUUUGUUAAACACAGCAAAUUACCAAAUAAAAAAAAGCUUCACAGUAACAACCAUGACCAACAAAAGGCACCGACUCCAGCUUUUGAGGAACUAUUUGUUAGGGGGUCAUACUGCGCCUAAAUCUGAAUUUACGAUGAAAGAAUUUACUUAUGUUCAAUAUUUAAAAAAUAUUUUUUUAUUUUUAUAUUUAAAAGUAUGAAACACGAUGAAAGCCUAUCUGAGGUUCCUCAACAUGUUUUAUUAUGUCUAAAAUUGUGGUGUUCUGUGUGCUGCGUUGCUGCCCUCUGCUGUGCUCUCGUUGCAGUACACCAUUUACACCACCCUGAGGAGCUGAGUGGCAACACCUGUGGAUGAUUGGCAGCAGGACUAUAUCUGUCUCAAGCAUUCUACACCUGCUGCCAGAUCGUUGCCAGUCCUCCACGAUUCAGGCUCUUGUGAUCUCAUUAACUGUUGCCUAUACUAGCUACCUGCUAUUUUGUUCCCUGCCCGGCUUACUCCGGCAGCGUAAGGACAUUGCUCGUUUUCUCCUGCGUGAUUUGUUCAGCAGUGUUUUGUGUUUCCUGGCUCUACCCCUUUUGGUAGCUCCUUUAUUUCUCGUCGUUUUCCCGUGUGCCAUCCGGGUCACCUUUUGUUGUACACCCCUUUUGUUGUACCCUUUUUCUUGUGUUGUACUUUUUCCCUUCCUGGUUUGGAAUUAAACUCUUCUCCAAACCCCCAA